CAGUUUUUCGGUUUAGCCGCGUGCUCAGAGUAACUUUUUCAUUUGGCGUGUGGUGUGUGCGUAUUCACCGCUGGAGUGUGUGUGUGUGUGUGUUGGGGGGCGCUGAAUGCAGCGAAACACCGCGUUACUCCUUUACUGUGUGUCUGUGUGUGUGCGCGUGCAUUAACGCUCCAGCUGCUUAACAUUAGUCAUCCUCACGAGCUCGAACUGCACGCGACUCGGAUCAGCGCGCCUCAGCGUCGGUUCGGUCGCGAGCGCAUGCAGACGGAGUGGAAGAAGAGGAGAAAGACAGGGACUGAGAGACAGAGAGACACAAGGAGAAAGACAGUCUUACACGGCUGUCUCAGCACCUCUGGGUUUGGACAGCGCAACAGCUUUUCUUUUAAUUGCCGACAGAAAAGAUUUCCGUCUUUUUUUUUUCUACUUGCAAAAAUAACCCGCUCUGUGGACGGAGUUCGGUUCGGGGGAAGUCGACGAUUGGGCAGGAAAGCAACAAAUAUCAACAGAUACCCGGGUUAAGUUGUGAACUGAAAGCACAGAAGCCACGGACGGAAGUCACUCCAGAGGACAAAGCUCUAUCUCUGGCCUAAAGGGAGACAUUGAAAAACCUGACCUGAAGGAGAUGAAUAUUUAUGGACUAUGAACAAUGGAGUAAGAGACAGCGCCUUCUAGUAAAGCCAAAUGUAUUUUUCACUUUAUUGCAUCUACCUUGAUAUAUUGAUCCAGCAAUGAGCUUUAAAAUGCUUUUACACCCUUGAAAGGUGCCUCCAUUGCUCACCUUCUUAACCAAGUAAAAAAACUCAGAAAGGUAGACAAGAGCUCGGCUGUUGCAAUGUCUCCGCCCUUAUUAAAUGGAGUCAGAUGGACCAGUUGUUAUGGCUUAUGUUCACUGCUUGUUCUUCUUAGUCUCUUUCUGACCACUUUGGUGGCAAAACCUAAAGGCCCAGGCCAUACACAUCUAAACUCCAUUCGUAUCGAUGGAGACAUCUCCCUGGGAGGCCUGUUCCCAGUGCAUGCAAGGGGCCAUGGUGGAAAGCCCUGUGGAGAACUGAAAAAGGAGAAGGGAAUUCAUCGUCUGGAGGCAAUGCUUUUUGCUCUGGACCGCAUCAACAAUGACCAUGACUUGCUUCCCAACAUCACAUUGGGGGCCCGAAUUCUGGACACUUGUUCCCGAGAUACACACGCUCUGGAGCAGUCACUAACUUUUGUCCAGGCACUUAUAGAGAAGGAUGGGAUGGAUGUGAAGUGUGCUGAUGGUGGAUCUCCCAUCAUCACAAAGCCAGAGAGAGUUGUGGGUGUCAUUGGUGCUUCUUCUAGCUCAGUGUCCAUCAUGGUGGCUAAUAUCCUGCGUUUGUUUAAGAUUCCCCAGGUGAGCUAUGCAUCUACAGCCCCAGAGCUGAGUGACAACACACGCUAUGACUUCUUCUCUCGAGUUGUUCCUCCAGACAAUUACCAGGCCCAGGCUAUAGUGGACAUAGUGCGCCACAUGGGCUGGAACUAUGUGGCCACUGUUGCCUCAGAAGGAAAUUAUGGAGAAAGUGGAGUGGAUGCCUUUAUCCAGAAGACCCGUGAUGAUGGAAAUGUGUGUAUAUCACAGACAGUUAAAAUCCCUCGUGAACCAAAGCCAGGAGAGUUCGACAAGAUUAUCCACACCCUUGGAGAAAAUUCCAAUGCCAGGGUGGUCAUAAUUUUUGCAAAUGAAGAUGAUAUAAGGCGACUCCUGCAGGCAGCAAAGAAAGCCAACCAAACAGGACAUUUUAUUUGGGUGGGAUCAGACAGCUGGGGCUCUAAGAUCUCUCCUGUGCUACACCAAGAGGAAAUGGCGGAGGGAGCUAUCACCAUCCUACCCAAACGCCAGGCUAUCAAAGGGUUUGAUAAUUAUUUCAUCGGGCGAACGUUGGAAAACAACAGGAGGAAUGUCUGGUUUGCUGAAUUCUGGGAGAAUAAUUUUAACUGCAAACUCAACCGCAAUGCCUUGAAGAAAGGAACUGGCAUUAAGAAAUGCACAAAUCAAGAGAGGAUUGGGAAAGAUUCAGCUUAUGAGCAGGAGGGUAAAGUGAUGUUUGUGAUCAAUGCUGUGUAUGCCAUGGCCCAUGCCCUCCAUAACAUGCACAGAGACCUGUGUCCUGGAAAGGUGGGACUUUGCUCCAAAAUGGACCCUAUCGAUGGAAGCCUCCUUCUUAAGUACAUCCGCAAAGUCAAUGUCACAGUCACAGCUGGCAAUCCAGUGCAGUUCAAUGAGAAUGGAGAUGCCCCAGGUCGUUACGAUAUCUUCCAGUACCAGAUAAAUAACAAAACCGCUGAGUACAAAAUCAUUGGCACCUGGAUUGACAAGCUCAACCUUAACAUCUCCAUGAUGCAGUGGCCGGGCGGUGUGCGGCAGGUGCCCUACUCCAACUGCAGCCAACCCUGCAAGCCAGGCUGGCGGAAAAAGAUUGUGAAAGGCAUUCGCUGCUGUUGGCACUGUGAGCGUUGUGAAGGCUACCAGUACCAAGCCGACCCAUUCACUUGCAAGAUGUGUCGCUUUGACCUUCGACCCAACAAGAACCACACAGGCUGCCAGCCCAUCCCUAUAAUCAAGCUGGAAUGGAGCUCACCCUGGGUGGUCAUACCUGUUUUUCUUGCUAUCCUGGGCAUCAUGGCUACACUAUUUGUGGUGGUCACAUUCAUACGCUACAAUGAUACACCAAUUGUUAAGGCAUCAGGACGGGAGCUCAGCUAUGUCUUGCUGACAGGCAUUUUCCUUUGCUAUGCUACCACUUUCCUGAUGAUUGCCACUCCUGAUGUUGGGAUUUGUUCAUUCAGACGCAUUUUCCUUGGACUUGGAAUGAGUAUAAGUUAUGCUGCAUUGCUUACUAAGACCAACCGCAUUUACCGUAUUUUUGAGCAAGGGAAGAUGUCAGUGAGUGCCCCACGGUUCAUUAGCCCAGCCUCCCAGUUGGUUAUCACUUUCAUCUUGAUCUCACUCCAACUCUUGGGGGUGUGUAUCUGGUUUGUGGUAGAUCCUCCCCAGGCUUUUGUGGACUAUGAAGACCAACGCAUGUCAAACCCAGAGAUGGCACGAGGUGUGCUUAAGUGUGAUAUCUCAGACUUGUCACUCAUCUGCCUGCUGGGAUACAGCAUGCUGCUGAUGGUCACAUGCACAGUCUAUGCCAUUAAGACACGUGGGGUGCCUGAGACCUUCAACGAGGCAAAGCCUAUUGGCUUUACCAUGUAUACCACCUGCAUCAUCUGGCUUGCAUUUAUCCCCAUCUUCUUUGGCACGUCGCAAUCAAUGGAAAAGAUGUACAUCCAGACAACUACUCUUACCAUCUCAGUCAGCCUGAGUGCUUCUGUGUCUCUGGGAUUGCUCUACAUGCCCAAAGUCUACGUGGUGCUCCUCCACCCUGAGCAGAAUGUGGCUAAGCGCAGCACUCGUAGCCUGAAGGCUGUAGUCACUGCCGCCACAAUGUCCAACAAAUUCAACCCCAAGGCCAACCUCAGACCCAAUGGAGAGGCCAAGACUGAGCUGUGUGAGAACCUGGAAACUCAAGGACUUAGCCCCAGACAAACAUACAUCAGCUACAGUAACCACGCAAUGUAACAGAAUGCAGAUCGCAACUGACAACCAUCACAUCAUGAUGACAGGAAGUCAGGCCAUCACAGUUGACUACUCUCAUGGUUUUCAUAUGGACAAGUGAUAUGGAAGAGAACUUGGGCAGUAUACAGAUAUAUUCUAGUGAAGGCCAGAUAAAGAUCCUAAGGGGACAUCUUGAGUCAGGACAUGACUCAUAACUUUAUCUACUUAUUCCAAAGGAUCUACCUAACAGUCAUCCCAAAGGAUCUGCCCAAUAGAAAAGCACAAGAAGCAAGUCUAAGUCACUGCUAUGGACCUCAGUGAACAGAUGAGUUUCAGUGCAAACAAAGCAAGAAACCUCCAGGAAAAGGACUUAAAAAUUGUUAUGAACAGUGGUGCAUGUGUUAACCAGAGAAUGUAAAAGUAAACAUGUAUGCAAUGCUUCUCUGUUCUAAUUGGUAUUUGAACAACUACAUGUCUGUUUGCUUAUUCAGAAUAGACAAUGAUUUGACCUGAUGGAUUCACAAUGCUCUGAAAUCCUGUAUGGACAGUAUAUUGUGUUGAAGAAAUCAGCCACUCCAAACACCCUUUGCUGAGUGUUCUUCAAGUCUGCAUCUUCAUUUCCAACAACCAGUUCUAGCUUGGUCAGACACUUUUUUUCUUUAAAAAAUGCUAGAUUAAAAUGUUCUCUCCACUUCCUCUUGGCGAGGUCAGGUUCAAGGGGAAAAAGGUUGACUUACAUAGAUUUGGAUUGUAUUGGAUCUGAGUCACAGCUGUCACCAGAACAGAAGAUAGGCUGAGCCUUAUGGUAAAUUUAUUUCAUUAAAUCUCAGUAAUGUGGUUGAAAAUAAAUAAAAUAACAAUUAUAUAAAUUUUGCAACACUUUGGGAUUUGUGCCUAUUUGCAAAAAACAGUAUCCUGUAAUGUCCUGCCAAAUAUAUGUCCAUGCAGACAUACACCCUCAGUUGCUAGGUUAUUAGGUGUAUCUACUGCAGUCAUUUCAUCAGUUAAACCUAGCCAUACAAUUCCUGACUUUAGCAAAGCCUCCAGCCACUAUAGAGUUUCUAGGCUAAUCAUCCUCUGUGACAGUUUCUGACCAUGGGACAUCUGUUUGCUGAAUAUUCCCUCAGUGACAGUGAGGUGUUUAAAAACCCUAGCAACACUGCUGCACCUGAUACACUCACACCAUGUCAUCAACCAAAUAAUGUCAUCCUCUGUGGUCCUCUGGUGGUUACUUAUCCAUUGAUGGACAGAGUAGAGUGAUAAAUUGUGUAUACGAACAGAGGCUACAGUCAACAACUGUAUAACUAAAAAGUGCAACUAUAUGGUAGAUGUUCCAGAAUAAAAUGGCCACUGACUGUAGCUACAGAGUAGUUGUGUGCAAUAAACUGGCAACCGAGUGUAUCAUGUUUCAUGUGUGGACCUACAAUAUCAGUAAAUAUAUUUUUAUAGGUAUCCCAGAAUUGCAGUGAUGCAGUUUCCUGUGGAGAAAACUUUGGAUCCAAGGGCCAAUUGGUAAUCCCUAAAUGAGGACUAAAGUCCUAAAACGCAAAGUGAUAAUUCAAAGUGUGAUCAAUCAUGCUUUUUCUAGAUUAUAAUUUCUUUGCUACGAUUUUUUAAAUGUCUUUACCCAUUGAAAACAGUGAUCAUUAAAAUGUUCUGAAUAAUAAUCCUAAGCAUAGGACUACAAACAUUCUUAAAAUGAUUGACAAAAUUUUUAAAUAUAUUACUAUACUGUGAUCUAAUCUUUGUGUGUGUGUGCACUAAUGUAUUGAAACAUUUGAUUGUUUAAUUGCAACUAUGUAUAAUUGUGCAUAA